AUGGUCGACAACCCUCAGGCUUCCUCCCAAGGCUUGUUGCCUUCUUCCACACCACCACCUGACGGCCCCCAGGUGGCCAACCCCCAGCGUCACGGGGACGAUCCUGGCACCGCGCAGCAUACGGAUACGAUACCCAACCACAACACCCACCCGGACUUGGCGCUCGUGAAUGCCACUACUUGCCUCUUGAACGCUCGAUUGCCCGCCAUCGAGUCCACCGAUACUUCCUCAACCCUUCCCAUCCUACCCAACCGUCCUCACAUUCGAGUACCCUCCGCCGCGGGUCUGCAGCUGCAAACAAACCUGCCGAUGUGCACGACUGUCGUUGGUGCGUCACAGUCGCCGAACAACCCAACCAUCGUGGAGAGCAUAGCGGGGGAGCAGUUGCGGCACUCGGCCACAGCACCGAUCUCAAUCCAAGAAGGACAUCUAAGGAGCGCUUUUUCAGCUGCGAGCAUGACAGGAUCUCUAUCUCCCGGCUCAGCGCUCUCCUCGCCCGCAUUAAACGCCCUGGCCGACAUAACCCCUCUUCCGUCCCCUCUGAUAAUUGGCGACUCCCCCGGGCCGUGGGCGCGGGCUGGAACAAUGAUGAGCCCGGGCUCGCGGGGCUCAUCCAGCGCGAUGAGAGACGAAUCAUUGGCCAUGCUCAACAACGGAACCCUAUCUCCCUCGCCGUCACAGAAGAAGAAAGGCUACCAGAGGUUGAAGACUGCAGCUGUUGAGGCUGCAGCAGCCAGUCUCCAGACGCAGAGCAAAUAUGAUAUGGGUCGCGACAGAAAUCGCAGCAUCAGCGAGUUUGUUCCAGACUCAUUACACAAUAUCCGCCCUCGGCAUGUCACCAUCUCCAAUGUUGCAUCUGAGCAGUCGGACGCAGAUGCAAUACCCGAACCCCAUCUUCAUCGCGAAGCGUAUCUGGCCGCGCAACGAGGCCUGAUCCCUGCGACCGUUCCUGGCGGUCUCCCAACUCCUCCAGCUAGUAACCGGAGCGUCACCGAGAGUGAAGAGGAAGAAGUCGUAGAUGAAAAUAAGAUCAAUUAUAUCAUGGUGAGGCACGGUUCGCAAAAGACAAAGAAGCUUUGGCGCCCGGUGCGACAGCUUGGCCAAGGCACUUUCAGUAAAGUUUAUCUCGCCACCAGCGAGAAGGUUGCAGCCAAGGAUCCCCUCGACGAGACACACCUCGACCCCCGCAAAUUAGUGGCCAUCAAGGUUGUUGAGCACGGUCCUGCUGGUGGCGCGGACGAAGAGCGUGUUGAACUCAGCCUCAAGCGAGAAGUGGAAAUGCUGCGGUCUGUUUCGCAUCCUUCGCUGGUCCAUCUCAGGGCCUUCGACCACAAUGAAGCCCAGGCACUGCUUGUCUUGACCUAUUGUCCAGGUGGUGACCUAUUUGAUGUAGCCAGCGCGCACCGAGAUCUUCUGGGGGUUGACAUUGUCCAACGCAUCUUCGCCGAAUUGGUCAGCGCCGUACGUUAUCUUCACACCAAACUAAUCGUGCAUCGCGAUAUCAAACUAGAAAACGUCCUUCUUAACAUUCCGAUCGCUACAGUUCCAUUACUAAAACAUCCCCAAUCACAUCCGUAUCCUAUCGCAACACUGACGGAUCUGGGCCUCUCCCGCCGUAUCCCGGAACCGCCGGCGUCACCUCUUCUAACUACUAGGUGUGGCAGUGAAGACUAUGCAGCGCCGGAAAUCCUUCUAGGGCAGCCUUACGACGGCCGUGCCACUGAUGCUUGGGCCUUGGGCGUACUAUUGUACGCGUUGAUGGAAGGGCGCCUGCCUUUCGACCCACCACCGGGGAAAGUUGGAUCCCGUAGUAGGGCUGCACACCGCAUCGCCAGGUGUGACUGGGUAUGGUCUAAAUUUGGCGACUCAGACGGCGAAUGGGAUGCAGAGAAGGGUAAAUUAUGGGGAGGCGCAAAGGAAUGCGUCGAAGGCUUGCUCAAGAAGGUUACACGCGGCCGCAAGAGUCUCGAGGACAUUGAGAGCGCCGGGUGGGUUCAAGCAGGUAUUCAAGUCGAGGGCGGCGUGAGAAGAAGAAUCGAGGACGAAGACAUCGACCACGAGACUGGAGAUGUUACGGCGAGGUGA